CCUCUGGCGUGGAGCGUAAUUUGAAUCGCUCAUUGCUCUCUUUAUGUCGUCUGUAUUUUUUAGUAACAUGUUUUAGAUCUUAUCGGCCUCUUUAUGUCACAAGAGUCUAUACGUAUGUUUUAAUAUAUAUUUUAACGGGAGGCACGCCCUAUUAUUUAUCUUAAAUAUAUAAGAUGGCUACCGUGAAGAUGAACACUGCAAACACUGAGGCAGACCAGGAGGGGGGAAACUUGUCCCCAUCAGAAGAGGCCUCCUCUUCUGUUUUAAAUGACACCUCAGCCCCCCUGAAUUUCUCCGAGCUCACACCUUUUCAGUUUGGCAUCUCUGUCCAGAGUUUUACUCCAGCACCAUUAUCAAGCCACAAAGAUAAGUCUCGCCUAGCACAAAUAAAGGCAAGGCGGAGGUCCAACAUUGGUGUCCGGGGCUCCCCAGAAACAAACUCCCUCAUCCGCUUCAUGGCACAACAGAGGAUGAAGACUCCACCAACCCCCAAAACUCCAGAGCUUGUCAGAAGUAGCCCCUUCCUUCCCCGGGUCGCCUCCACGCUGAGGCAGAAGAUGGCCUCCUUCCAGAGCCUGAUGGAUGUGGAAGAGAGUGGGGUCUGUGAUCCGAUGCCAAGGCAGGACAGCAACACUGGAGGAUGCAUCAAGACAAGAGAUUAUCUGUCUGAUGGAAACAGCCGUUACGAAGGGAAAGAGAACCACCCACCAAUGAUUACGCCUGUACCCAGCAAGAGGAGGCGCCUGGGCCCCCCAGAAGGCUGUAAGGUGGAGAUUAGAGAGGCCGGCACUCCUAUCCUCCACUUGAGUUUGAAGGAGCAGCAGGAGGAAGAAGAGCCAGUGACGCAGGUUGUAACAGGACCACUGUCAUCCAGUGAGACUGUGGAAGAGGACCAAGCUGUGCUUAUAUCCCCAACCUUUCACACUGACUUUGAGAUCCAAGCCUCUUCCCCUGCUAAGACCCAACAGGACAGUGUCUUUGAACACCAAAGCCUUGGCCAACCACCACCUGAUGAUCCUGCCGCCGCCUCACCAGCUCAGCCUGCCUCCCCCUUCUGCGUCCCCUCUCUCCCUUCUCUGUUGGAGAUGAAGCCCAUGGGAGAGGAUGACUCCACCGGGACCUCUGCAGUUAAGAAGAAAAGGAGGGUGCACUUUGGAGGUCCACUCUCCCCUGAGUACUUUGAUAAGAACCUGCCUCCCAGUACACCAUUACAAAAGGGGGGCACGCCGGCUCGGGCACCCACACCAGGUGGGAGCUUACUGCCACGCUCAGCGCUGAAGACACCGCAGAGAAGUGAAGCCCAAACACCUCCAGCUCAGCCAGAUCUCAGCAGCCCUGCUGUGUUUGGCGCCUCACCUACACUUGCAAUGCCUCGCAAUCGCAGACUGCAGGCUAUAGGAGGGGACAGUGAAGAGAAUAAUGGAAAGAUUGUUUUUCCUUCACUGGAGGAGAUUGACUCUGCGGUGGCGAGAGAUACAGAAUUUACGUGGGACACCCGGCCAUUGAAUUUAAACAUUGCUUUCCAUGAGGAGUCUCUUUCUCAGAUUGUGACAGAGUCUGAGACUGAACCCAGCACAACCUCCCAGAUGGAUGCCCUGGAUGAGCCUACAUCCUUGCCAGAUAAGGAGAUGCAACAUGAAGCAGAUGUGGAAACCCGCGCCAAAUUGAGAAACCGAAGGAAAAAGCAGUCAGAGCCAGAGCAGACAUGUACCAGUGAGACUCCAACUCGCUCCAGCAGUCGUAAGAGAAAGCAGCCAGAGAGCGAACCUGUGAAGAGGUCGACACGCUCUGCUGCCAAGUCGGCCUCUGGGAAGAUGAAGACAACCUCUACGGCAACACGGCGGUGGAACAGGGAGGUGGACCGCUCCCUGUACGGCUCUAGGGCAUAUGCCUCAAAGAACCCUGCCCUGAGUCCCAUCAGGGAGAGGUUGUCUCUUAUCAACCAGUCUCUAGCAGCACAGCAGAUCCCCUCUACAUGCUGCACAGCCCCAAAUGAUGAGACCCACUUGCACCGUGAGAUGGCUAACGACACUCAAGCGAUCGGUGACCUCACUGUGACAAAUGGCCCGGAAAAUUCUUCCGAAGAUUCCGUCACAUCUCCAAACUCCGGUGAAGAUGGCAUCACAGGGAAGGGCAGGAGGGCUUCAGGUCCCAGGGUCAGGGAGAGAGGACUGAAGAAAAGGAAGGUUAGUGUUCCAGAUGAUAACUGGCUUAGUGAGGAGACUCUGGACCAGACUGGAGAAAAGACACAGGAGUACUGUGAAGACCAAACCACUACAAACCUUGAGGCAUCAGGGGAAACCCCACUAAACCACACUGUGCUCGAACAAGAAGUCAACACGAGACAUACUGCCCAGACUUCUCCAGAUAUACACUGCACAGACUCAGAUGGAAAAUUAGAAUGUCAUGGUAGUCUGGAGGCACCCAUUUCAGACUGUCCACCUGCAGCUGAAAGAUCCAACACUUUGAGUCUGCCAGCAGAGCCAUCACAGAGGAAAGCCAAGCGGGGCAGGAGGAGCUCUGCAAUCAGCUCAUUGCUACAAGAGCAGGGGAACCAGGCAGAGGAGCACCCAAAGAGCCAUGAAGUGGAGAAGGGACAGGGAGACCAAGCAGCUUGCCAGCAGGAAAACAUCAGGUCAAGCUCUGAUAGUCAGGAGGAGGAAGGAGCUGAGUUCGCCCCCUGGCAGGCUGACUUUAAUUUUGAGGAUGUGUUCAAACCUGUCACCACUAGAGGGCAGCGCUCAGUACGCCGCAGCCUGAGGAACCAAAGCAAUGCAGAGCACAGCAGCAACAGUGCAGGUCUCGCCUGGCUGCCUCGGACCUCCCCUGACUCCAGUAAAGAGGCCCGCAGGAGGACGCGGGGCCGACGGCUCAGUGCUGCUCAGCCUGUCCAACCUCCACUCCCUGAGGAUACACAAGACAGCGCUUCGUAAGACUUUCAAUCGACAACAUGAACUGAGAUUAAAAGGAGGGAUAACUAAUUCAUUCAUCACACCUUCACACACACGUACCCUGUUUUCUUGGGAUUAAAUGGAAUGAUUUUCCAAAGAACAGGCUGAUUGUUUUAUAUUAGCAAAAACACUGAUGCCUUUGUUCCCUGUGAAUUAUUAGAGCUGACCAGUAAUUUGUAAUUUGCCUGUUUCCCCUCUGCUAACCAAGCCGGUCAAUACGCUGUGAGCCCAAUCAUCUCUGCUGACCACGUCCCAAUCAAUAUCCAACCACUCAGCUGGUAAUCACACAGCAUCUUCAGACUCACUCUCCAAAAUCAUUGGAUUGAGCAUCUCCAAGUCAAUAUCUACUCUUUGUGGAUAGAUGAAGAUGGCUGUACUGCGUUCACCUUCUGUCACGCAAGGCUGGGCAGGAGGAGGGGGUAAUAAUAAUGGAAUAGUAAUGGGGAGAGAAAAUGUGCCUCACACACAGAAAUCUAAUUAAUAGGCUUGAACAUUUAUGUUUAUUUGUGGUCACUGGAGUGUUUUGUUUUUUUGUUUUUUUCUCCCAGUGAUCCAAACUGUACAUACAGGAGGUUCCCAACUUGUUGCAGUAUCUGAGCUUUCAAUGGAUGAUUUUGAUAUACUGUCAAUAAUUAAUAGUAAUAGCCUGUUGGAUUGAAACAGUCUUAAACAUUGCACCAAAUCAGAAAUGUGGUAGUGUUUUCAGUGAGUUUCCUGGAAUGUCAGAUGUACCUUUCUUGACUCUGAUUCUGAUUAAAUGCUUUGGUUGCAAGUAAAGACACCUCAUUAGACCAAA